AUGGCAGCGACAACUGCCCGCCCCCAGCCCGCCGUCAUCACCGCCGGCUCGCCGCUCCGCCCGCCGGAUCCCAUGAAAUCCACCUGGCUGACGCAGGACCCCAGCACGUGGAACGUCUACCAGCGCUCCCUCGACUGGCUGGGCGCCCAUGCCGCCCAACCCGGCCGGAGCGUCCCCAAGCACCCCAAGACGCACAAGGUGCCGCACCUGGGCCAGGCCACCCAGCACCUCUGGAUCCUCGCCCACGGCUUCUUCCCACUCCUCCUCCACCAGCUCUUUGUCACCCUGACCGCACGGCCCGUCGGCGCGCCCGCCUCCUUCUUCCUGUACACGCUCUCCUUCAACUUCACCGUCGUCCGGCUCGUCAAUACCCUCCGUCGCCUGGCCCACACGCACGGCUUCCUCGACGGCGACGUCGCCGACCGCAACGGCAUCCCCGACCGCGGCGCCGACAAGGUCCUAAACGCCCUGUUCAAGGCCGUCGGCGGGCGCAUGGGCUUCGUGAUCUGCAUCGCCUACGACCCCCGCCAGGCGCCCCUGCAGGCCCUGGGCGGCUGGAGAGCGCUCGCCCUGGCCGCCCUCAAGACGGGCCUCCACGGCAUCAUCCUCGACUUUUGGUUCUACCUGUACCACCGCGCCCUGCACGAGCUGCCCUCGCUGUGGCGCUUCCACCGCACGCACCAUCUCGUCAAGCACCCCAGCGCGGCGCUGACGGCCUACGCCGACCACGGCCAGGAGUUCCUCGACAUGGUGGGCGUGCCGCUGCUGACCUGGGCCACCUUUUACGCCGUCGGCUUGCCGCUGGGCUUCUACGACUUGUGGCUGUGCCUGCAGUACCUCGUCUACACCGAGGUCCUCGGCCACAGCGGUCUUCGCCUGCACCUGUCGGCGCCCUCGAUGCUGAGCUGGCCUCUGUGGGCGCUGGGCAUGGAGCUGUGCAUCGAGGAUCACGACCUGCACCAUCGCCAGGGGUGGAGGAGGAGCCAAAACUACGGGAAGCAGACGCGGGUCUGGGACAGGAUCUUUGGCACCUGCGGGGAAAGGGUGGAGCUGCGCGAGAAGAACAUUGACUACGUGAACCAGGCGAGCAUGCCCAUCUGGUGA